AUGUCCGACUCCAGUCGAUCGGGUUUCAAAAGCCUUUAUAACAGGAUUCGUCAUCCUCGAUCCUACAAAUCCCAUGACAGCUCGAGUGGCGAUAGGAACUCUUCUCAGCCCAAAACAGUCCGCACUGGCGCUUACAUCGCUACGAGAAGCGAUAGGAGCACUGGUGAUCGACCUCGGACGUCGUAUGGGCCCAUGGGAGUGGCAGCGACAAGAGACGCGCUAGCCGGCACCAAUGCAACGACCCAUACUGUCCCUUGUGAAGAAGACGCUGACAGAAGGAGACGGGAAGCAGCCUUGUCUCCUGGUCUCCUCGCCGGGGCAGCUUCCGUUGGCGAAGAUCAACUUUCCACAACUCCAGCUGGAACAGAAGAUUGUACUGAUAAAGGCGAUUCAUACAAUCAUGGAGAUACUCACAAUGCUGAAGCCACGUAUGGCAUCGGUCACUACGGUAUAAACAUCAACCACCCCACCACCUGCAGCGGUGUCGGUGUCGGUAGCCAUCAUGACUUCUCACUCGAAGGCCAUCAUGACUACUCUGGAGGAGGCGGUGGUGGUGUCUACUCGGGAGGGCAUAGUAGCCACCAUGGAGGAGGUCAUGAUAGUGGGAGUCACUCGGGAGGCGGUUUUGAUGGCGGAGGAGGAGGUUUCUGA